AUCAAACUCACUUGAUUCCAAACGUGUGUCCAUGCAGAGUGACUGUUCUAAAGACAACAUAUUAACAUUUAAAGGGAAACGCACAUCAACUGAUCUGAGGCAUGUGUCCAUGAACAGUGACCGUUCUAAAGACAACAUAAUAACAUUUGAAGAAAAACACAUAUCAACAGAUCUGAGUCAAUUUUACAGGCAGAGAUCAAACGCAACGAAGCACAGCUGUGUGUCCAUGAAGAGUGAAGCAUCUAUGGGAAGUGACUCUCAACUGGCCCAAAGCACAAUCAAAUCAAAUCUGGUGAAGAAGUUUGAGUGUCUGUAUGAAGGAACAUCAAAGCAGGGAAACCCAACACUCCUGAAUGAGAUCUACACAGAGCUCUACAUCACCGAGAGUGAGAGUGGAGAGAUCAGUAAUGAGCAUGAGGUGAGACAGAUUGAGACACAAUCCAGGAGAGCAGCAACAGAGGACACAGCCAUCAAAUGCAAUGAGAUCUUUAGACCUUUACCUGGUAAAGACAAAGCCAUCAGAACUGUGCUGACAAAGGGAGUCGCUGGCAUUGGAAAAACAGUGUCUGUGCAGAAGUUCAUUGUGGACUGGGCUGAAGGGAAAGAGGAUCAGGACGUCCAGCUCAUAUUUCCACUGCCUUUCAGAGAGCUCAACUUGAUGAAGGACAAAACACUCAGUCUUUCAGAUAUUCUUCAUAUCUUUUUCCCUGAAACCAAAGAAAUAGAAAUAUCCAGUGAUGAAUAUAAAGUGUUGUUCAUUUUUGAUGGUCUGGAUGAGUGUCGUCUGUCUCUGGAUUUUCAGAGCGAUGUGAGGUUGUGUGAUGUAAGUGAAUCAGUGUCAGUGGAUGUGCUGCUGAUGAACCUCAUUGUGGGGAACCUGCUUCCCUCUGCUCUCAUCUGGAUCACCUCCAGACCAGCAGCAGCUGAUCUCAUUCCCUCUGAGUGUGUCCAUCGAGUGACAGAGGUACGAGGCUUCAAUGAUCAACAGAAGGAGGAGUACUUCAGGAAGAGAAUCAGAGAUCAGAGUCUGGCCAAUACAAUCAUCUCACACCUGAAGUCUUCGAGGAGCCUCCACAUUAUGUGCCACAUCCCAGUGUUCUGCUGGGUCUCAGCCACUGUUCUAGAGAAGAUGUUGAGUCAAGCAGAGAGUGGAGAGAUUCCCAAGACUCUCACUCAAAUGUACACACACUUCUUGAUCAUUCAGACCAACAUCAGACAUGAGAAGGACUAUGAGAAGAAAGUCAAAGAUGAAGAUAUGAUCCUCAAACUGGGGAAACUGGCUUUUCAGCAGCUUGUGAAAGGCAACCUGAUCUUCUAUGAGGAAGACCUGAGAGAGUGUGGCAUUGAUGUGACAGAAGCAUCAGUGUACUCAGGAUUGUGCACUCAGAUCUUCAGAGAGGAGUUUGGAUUGUUUCAGGGGAAAGUCUUCUGCUUUGUUCAUCUGAGCAUCCAAGAACAUCUAGCAGCACUAUAUGCACAUCUGUUCCUUAUGAAAAAAAACAGAAAUGUGUUUAUUACUCUGUCUUCUAGUCCUUUGAAGCAUUUAAAGAAGGCUUUACAUGUUUCAUUAUCUGAGCUGCAUCAGAGAGCUGUGAAAAAGGCCUUCAAGAGUAAAAAUGGACAUCUGGACCUUUUCUUGCGUUUUCUUCUGGGUCUCUCAUUGGAGUCCAAUCAGACUCUCUUACGAGAACUACCGACACAGACAGGAAGCUGCUCCUACAACAAAGAGGAAACAGUUGAGUACAUCAAGCAGAAGAUCAGGAGGAAUCUCUCUCCAGAGAGAUCCAUCAAUCUGUUCCACUGUCUGAAUGAACUGGGUGAUGAUUCACUGAUGCAGGAGAUUCAAGAUUAUCUGAAAUCUGGAAAAAUAAGAGAAACCAAACUCUCCUCUUCACAGUGGUCAGCUCUGGUUUAUGUGUUGCUGACAUCAGAGCAGAGGAUGGAUGUUUUCAAACUAAAACUGUUUAUUGGAUCCCAAAAUACAGCAGAUGAAGUUCUUCAGAAGCUGCUGCCUGUGGUUAAAGAAUCCAAAUUAGUUCAGUUGAUGGAUUGUGGUGUUACAGAUGAAGGUUGUGGUGCUUUGGCUUCAGCUCUGAAAUCAAACCCCUCACACAUGAGAAAUAUGAAUCUGUCACUGAAUAAACUAGGAGCAUCAGGAGUGAAGCUGCUCUCUGAUGGACUGAAGGAUCCUCACUGUAAGCUGGAAAAACUGAGGUUGGGUAAGUGUGGAGUCACAGAUGAAGGUUGUGCUGCUCUGGCUUCAGCUCUGAGAUCAAACCCCUCACACCUCAGAGAACUGGAUCUGUCUCUGAAUAAACUAGGAGACUCAGGACUGAAGCUGCUCUCUGAUGGACUGAAGGAUCCUCACUUUAAACUGGAAACACUGCGGUUGAGUGAGUGUGGAGUCACAGAUGAAGGUUGUGCUGUUCUGGCUUCAGCUCUGAGAUCAAACCCCUCACACCUGAGACAACUAGAUCUGUCAAUGAAUAAAUUUAGAGCGUCAGGACUGAAUCUGCUCUCUGAUCUACUGAAAGAUCCUCCCUGUAAACUGGAGAUACUGCGGUUCAGGGAUUGUGGUGUCACAUAUGAAGGUUGUGCUGCUCUGGCUUCAGCUCUGAGAUCAGACCCCUCACACCUGAGAGAACUGGAUCUGACUGGAAAUAAAUUAAGAGACUCAGAUGUGAAGCUGCUCUCUGAUCUGAAGGAUAAUCCACAUUAUAAAUUGGAAACGCUUAAGUUUUAGAUGUUAGUCUGACCUUCUCUGGAUCAGCUGAUGGUGAAUAAAGAGACACUACAGACAGACAUCACAUUCAACAGAAUCAACAGACACAAACCCAUAGCGAUCAUCACACACGUGUUUGUGUAACUUUCCAGAAUCAUCCGAUUGUUAAUUCAAAGUCAAACAAUGAAACCUGAAACCUAUUUAUUCUUAUAAAC